AGCACCGGGCACUCGGAGCGGGGGUCUGCUCGCCUCGCCUUGCCCUGCCGAUGUCGCCGCCCGGCUGCUGAUAUCUGCACGCUCGUCCCGCAUUGGUGUGGGGCGGCGGAGGUCCCCGUACAGGCAGAGAGCCUCCUUCGCAAAGUGGGAAUGGAGGUGAAUUGUUUAACACUAAAAGACCUGAUCAACCCCAGGCAGGCCAGAUUAGAUUUUACAAUUGAAGAUGGGGAAAAUGCACAAAAGGAGAAUAUAUUUGUUGAUCGAUUAAGGAUGGCCCCAAAGACUCCAAUAAAAAAUGAACCAAUUGAUUUAUCAAAGCAAAAAAUCUUCACUCCAGAAAGAAAUCCCAUUACUCCAGUGAAACUUGUCGACAGACAGCAGGUAGAGCCAUGGACACCCACAGCUAACCUGAAGAUGCUCAUUAGUGCCGCCAGUCCAGACAUAAGGGACCGGGAGAAGAAAAAGGGACUGUUCAGACCCAUUGAAAACAAGGAUGAUGCAUUUUCAGACUCUUUACAGCUUGAUGUUGGCGACAGUGCUGUGGAUGAAUUUGAAAAGCAAAGGCCAAGCAGAAAACAAAAAAGUUUAGGACUGCUGUGCCAGAAGUUUCUAGCUCGCUAUCCAAGUUAUCCCUUGUCAACUGAGAAAACUACCAUCUCUCUAGAUGAAGUUGCUGUCAGUCUUGGUGUGGAAAGGAGACGCAUCUAUGACAUUGUAAAUGUGCUAGAGUCACUACAUCUGGUCAGCCGGGUGGCCAAGAAUCAGUAUGGCUGGCAUGGACGGCAUAGCCUGCCAAAAACCCUGAGGACCCUCCAGAGACUCGGAGAGGAGCAGAAAUAUGAAGAGCAGAUGGCCUACCUCCAACAGAAGGAACUGGACCUGAUGGAUUAUAAAUUUGGAGAACGUAGGAAAGAUGGUUGUCCAGAUUCCCAAGAUCAACAGUUACUGGAUUUCUCUGAACCUGACUAUCCCUCUUCUUCUGCAAACAGUAGAAAAGAUAAGUCUCUGAGAAUUAUGAGCCAGAAGUUUGUCAUGCUGUUCCUUGUCUCCAAAACCAAGAUUGUUACUCUGGAUGUGGCUGCCAAGAUACUGAUAGAAGAAAGCCAAGAUACCCCAGAUCAUAGUAAAUUUAAAACAAAGGUACGGCGCCUCUAUGAUAUAGCCAAUGUUCUGACCAGCUUGGCUCUGAUAAAGAAAGUGCAUGUAACAGAAGAGCGAGGCCGUAAACCAGCUUUCAAAUGGAUUGGGCCUGUGGACUUCAGCUCUAGUGAUGAAGAACUAGUGGAUGUUUCUGCAUCUGUCUUACCAGAAUUGAAAAGAGAAACAUAUGGCAAGAUUCAAGUAUGUGCAAAACAGAGGCUGGCUCGUUAUGGUUCCUUUAACACAGUUCAGACUUCUGAGAGGAUACAGAGGAGAGUGAGCUCAGAACCUAGCAGCCCAUGCAGAGAACAAGGAUCAGGUGGCUAUUCCUUAGAAAUUGGAAGUUUAGCAGCUGUCUACAGACAGAAAAUAGAAGACAAUUCACAGAUAAAAGCCUUUGCCAAUAAGAGAGUGGUGCCUCCAGCAAGCAGCUUGGACCCUGUCCUCCCUGUUGACUCAGACUAUUGUGUUAAUCCUUUAGCCCACCAAGUAUUUUCUGUUGCUCAAACAGACUUGCAGGCUUUCUCCAUGCAGAAUGGCCUCAAUGGAAAAGUUGGUAUCCCCCUCGCUUCCCCAGCCUCUGACAUGGAGAGCCUGAAGCCUGCUCUAAUUGCUGGCCAGCCCCUGGUGUAUGUGCCCUCCACCUCACUGUUCAUGCUGUAUGGGAACCUGCGGGAGGGACCAUCCCCUGAGUCUGCAUCAGAAAAAGACAGCAAAAGCUCAGAAGUCCCAGCUGCAUCAGAGCCCUCAUUCACACCCUCAGCCCAGAAGCGCCUCUGUGUGGAGAGGAAGAUGCAAGAGGAUGAGCCCGCUGCUAAAAGACAAAGUCAGGAAUUUGAAGAUAGCCCCUUAUCCCUUGUCAUGCCCAAGAAACCCUCUCCCAAGUCAAUGGGAAACAGGGGAUCUGUGCCCUUGGAAGAUGCUCAUGUGAAUAGUCAACUCCCUGCUGCAGAAGAGGUUUCAGGAAAGGCUGCAACAAACUGCUACACUUCUUCCAAAAAUGUAGAUACUGAAAAGCCUUCAAAAGAAAAUGAAAGCACCAAAGAGCCCUCUUUGCUGCAGUAUCUUUAUGUGCAGUCUCCAGCUGGAAUAAACGGUUUCAAUGUGCUCUUAUCUGGCAGUCAAACUACCCAUGCUGUGGGACCAUCCUCAGGUCAACUGCCAUCCUUCGGUGUUCCUUGUAUGGUCUUACCGUCUCCAACUCUGGGCCCUUUUUCUGUUCUCUAUUCUCCCACGAUGCCCAGCCUGAUUUCUUCUGCUCCUGGCACUCUCCCAAACACAGGACCUAUGAAUUUCAGCUUGCCUGGCCUUGGAUCUACAGCACAUCUUCUUCUCAGCCCUGCAUCCAUGGUUAAUCCAAAGUCCUCUACGCUCCCUUCUGCAGACCCUCAGCUUCAGAGUCAGCCCUCUCUGAACCUGAGUCCAGUGAUGUCAAGGUCACACAACCUUAUCCAGCCUGACUCCCCUGUAUACAUGGGUCAUCCAGUUUCAGUAGUAAAGGUACAACAGUCAUCUGCUCCAGUGACCCCCAAGAGUAUCCGCUGCACACAUCGUGAGACAUUUUUCAAGACACCUGGCAGCCUUGGAGACCCUGUCCUCAGGAGACGAGAAAGAAAUCAGUCACGAAACACCAGCUCAGCCCAGAGGAGACUAGAAAUCCCCAGCGGUGGUCCUGACUAAGCGCACGCCUUGGCAGUGGGUGGGAUCUGACCACCUGAAUCUCUCUACGUCCUGAGAGAUGUCCUAAGUGGAACGCGAACCAUCUCAUCCUCAGCUCGUAUCCUUGUUCUCUCUCACCCACUGGUUCUGCUAACUUCCCAACAUCAUGGAGCAUCUAUGAAUUAUUAACUGUGUCAACACCAGCAGGCGUUUAGACUCUGGGUGGCAUCACAGUGAAAGCACUGACUGGUGGUUGUGAUUCGGAUCCUCGAUGGCUGCAGUCAGAUCUAACAGGCUGUGGAGCCUCGAGGCUUUCUGAAGGGGGCUGUCCAGCACUUAACCAGGGUGAGCAUUCUUGACAUGAGUAAAUCUGUGGUGAGAGAACUUUCUGCAGUUUAAAAAGCUACUGCUUCCUUAGGCUUCAUCAGGAAGCUCCCUUCAGUUAUGAAUCCUAUGGUAUUAUUUAUUUUGUUCCUGAAAUGGGAUUUAGUGCAAAAAGUUUACAACUACAGCUUAACACAUUUUUUUCAGGGUAUGACGACUUGAAUGUUUGUACUUUUUUCUAUAAUUUGCCCUGCACUUAUUCUACGACCUAGUAAUAAUGUGGAUAAAUGUAUAUAUGUGAUAAAUGUCAAGACCAAAAUAACUGUGAAUGACACACCUAGCUAUAAACGAACUGUGCUAACCCUGUCUGCGGGCAUGAGAACUAAGGGGAACCAGGAGCCCAGUGGCUUCUCAAAUAACUGCAAACAAUGAGAUUUUAUUGUUCAUUUCAAAAAAAGUCCUACUGUGUUCAGCUCCCUUCAGUACAUGCCCUACAUUUUUUAUUUAAAUGUUAACUGUAGAGUAUCAGGUAUGGAUUCCUUCUAACAAUUGCUGUUUUUAAAAUCAAUCAGAAUGGUAUAAAGUAAUUAUGUGGAAAAUUGGAACCUAGUUGAGACCUUUUGGUCAAAUGCUGAAGAAUAAUGGUGUAGAAACUGAUAUAGGGCAAUAGGGGAUUCUUACUAUUUUUCUUUUGCUGCAUAUUUGCAAGGGUAAGAGAGAAAAUGGACACAUGUUCUAUUUUCAAGAAUAUUCAAACCAUAGUCAUAAUGUACUUUUCAGGGGUUCAUUGUUCCAACACCAACACAAUACUAUAAACUGCUACGGAAUAUCCCUUUAUAAACCACAUUACUUUAGGGUUCAUUAAGGAACCAAACUAGUUCUUCAUAUUCUAGAUGUUUUGAUAUUUACCUCACUCUUGUCUCUUCAGAGUAAAAGACUUCCUUUCUUCUCUGCUUUUUUCCUUCUUUUCUUCCUUUGUUUUCUCUCCGAGUUUCUUAGAUUUAGAAUCUUUAUAUAGGGCUAAUUUUUUAUUUUUAGACCCAGUAAAAUAUUGUAUAAAAGAAUAAAAAUAUUAAUUUAAGAGACUCUGGGAGUCUGAGUAAAGUAGCUUUAUAUUAACUACAGAAUACUAUUAGCCUUAUUACCCCCACAAGAUUUUUGAAAACUUGAGGUAGGUAGCCAGAUUAAAUAAAUUUGCUACUUAUAUCAAAUUCUAUGAACACUAAACUUCAAGUUUACAAGAUGAUUUUUUUCCUGUAUUUACAGUCUUCUCUAGAUUUAGAUUUAAAACAUGGUUCUAAUCAUCAAUUGCAUGGUAAUGUUUUCCCUGAACUAGUAUUGAUGGGUUCCUUACCAAGACAAUUAAAAUUAUUCAUUUUUUCAGGUAGGUUAAAGGCUACGCAGCAUGUGAGUCUGUGUAGGAUACUGCAUUUUUAAAUCUAUCAUGCUCAAGGGCUUUGACAAAAUAUUUUCACUGAGAUUCUACGUUUAGAUGAAAACACAACCUGGUUUUUCCCUCACCCAGCUCUCUACUUAACUUUUUUGCUACCUUUGUCUUAUUAUUCAUUAACCUCAGAGAAUUCAUGGUUCUGGAGAGGUGUUAAGAAACAAUCCAUAAAUGAGAAUGUUACAACUUUGUGACCACAUCUAGCAACACAAAACCAAGAAAAAUUACUUCUAUAUUCAAUACCUACUUACCGUGUGUUAUGUAAACUAAAAUAAUCAGUGGUAUUUUCUGUCAAGAAAAUGAAUCUUUCUUACAGAGCAACUGAUGGUAGUAAAGCUGCUGAGCUAGACUUGGAUAUUCUGGGUAGUGAAGAAGCAAUGGCAAUCUUGAGUCUAUCAUUGUAUAAUUUAGUAAAAGAAAAAAAUAGUUAUUGGUGAUCCUGCUAAGCAAAUGCAGACUUGAGUCAGCACUGAGGGUGUGUGCCCUACACUGUCCAGGGUUUGUGAAACCCUUUCAUUCUGGUACAAGAGUUGGGGGUAUAACUUAUACUUGAAUCUACCUACCAAGUUUACAUUACUCAAUUCCUUUUUGUAAGGUGCUAUUUCUGUAUUUAAAUAACUUUUUAAUGUAAAGCUGCUUUCUGCUUAUCUUAUUGCACUGCUAGAUUUGUGUAGGUAUUAAUUUUAUUGCUGCUUACUGCUUUUGUUUUCAUAUUAUUUAGCUCUGCUUUCUCCUAAUGGCUAUAUUAUCUAUAGCUAUCAACU